AUGCGUAUGCCAGUCGUAAUACUAUAUUUACCACUGUAUUAUAAAUACUGUUUACUAUAUCACUAUUAUUAUUAUUAUUUAUCAUUACAUUUCACGUUAUAUUAUCACUACUUAUUACUAUUAUUAUUAUUAUUAUUAUUAUUAUUAUUAUUAUUAUUAUUGUUAUUAUUAUUAUUAUUAUUAUUAUUAUUAUUAUUAUUAUUAUUAUUAUUAUUAUUAUUAUUAUUAUUAUUAUUAUUAUUAUUAUUAUUAUUAUUAUUAUUAUUAAAACUAAUGAUUUCCUCAGUUACUCCUAGCGGGUAG